AUGAUAGAUAGACUGUCACAUUUACAGAUCCUCCAACUCAAUGUUGGCCGAAACUGGGAAGCGCAUGAAUCUGCGCUUCAGCUGGCUUUUGAGAACAACUGUCAUGCAGUUCUAAUUCAGGAGCCCUGGAUUUUUACAGACCGAUCCCGUCGAAUAUCAAAACACCAUCCAUCCUUUCACCAACUUGCCCCGACUGAAGAUUGGUCAGCUAGACCCCGAGUCCUCACAUACAUACGGAAACACCCACACCUAAAAGCAGAACUGGCUCCUUUCGGGCCAUCAUCCAGGGACAUCCUAGCUGUCCAAAUUAACACCCCCCAGAAGACAGCUUUCCUGGUCAACAUCUACAACGCCCCCCGCGGAGCAGUGGAUGAGGGUCAAGGUUUGGAGUCUCUCAUGACACAGACAACCCCAUCUUCCCCCUGCCUAAUAGCUGGGGAUUUCAAUCUACAACACCCUAUGUGGCAGUCCUCUGCCCGACCCUCUCCAAGAGCGGAACCCUUCCUUUCUUGGGCUGAAGCCCAGGACCUUGCCCUGACACUCCCACCAGACUCACCAACUCGAGGACAAAACAUGAUUGACCUAUCAUGGGCCAAUAGCGCUCUACUCAACCUUGGGAUAUCCUCAGAAGUCACAGAAGACCUCCCACCCCUUGCAGACCACGAACCUAUCAUCACAACCAUCCAAUGG